GUUUUGUUUUCUGAGUCUGUAAAACCUUUCCAGUGUCCUCUUCAUUUCUACUUUUUAGGGGAACAACUCUUCACAUUGUAGCCAUCUGCAUGUUACCUACCUGUGUGUACUUAAGUCGAAUGUUACAUGACCAUAAAUACCGUCUUGGCUUACUGCAUGUUGACUUAAUGUACAGACCUGGCUUUAACCUCUUCCCCUGCCUUCCAUAUUGCUGGCUGUAGGGUGUGUCUACAUGGUAUACUGGAUAAACUCCAUAGAAAUUAUUUACUUUCUUUCCUAGACAAACGAAAGAACAAUGAGCCUAGUCACAGAGGUAACGGAUGUGCUAGGCUACAUUACAGUCACCGACUUGCAGGCACUUAGCACCUCUCACUGGAAGAUACAGUUCAAAAGUCACCAAGUUAAUGUGACCACUCACAAUUCCAGUCUGAAUUAGCAAACCUGAAUCAGGCUUUUGGAACAGACCCAUCCUGCAGAGUACUGAGUAGUCUGUCCAAAGCUCAGUAAAAAAAUUUUAAGCCUGAUGGUAACUCUGUAGAGGAAAUGCAUUGGGAACUUUCGUUUCAUUAUGGGUUUAAGAUGAUCAAAGUGCGGGCUGUUACUGAAGACAGUUGUUCAUUUAGUAUGUGACUGCACGGUCUAUUGCCAUGAGGGUAGCAGGAACUUAUGGCUAGAGGAGACUGAUUACACCUCUGGUAGUAAUCUGUAAAUCGAAACCUGCUGUGAAACUGCAGCUGAAGACAGUUCAACUGUGUGAAGUUCAGUAUUUGGCUCCUUUUCCGGAUCCAUCCCCCAGUUUGCACAGUUGUAUGAACUGGUAUGCAGCUCUCUUAAAAGGAAGGAAGAGGGGCCAGAAGAGGUGAUAAGGUACUGUGUGUGCUCAGCAGAGGGUGGUUAUUUUGUUGGCAUACAUAGUUUCAGGACUCUAGUUCCUGCUCCGUGAACCAACUAUUUAAAAGUCAAGAAAUGUCUACCAAUUUAAAAUACCUUUCCCUGGGCAUCCUGGUUUUCCAAACCACAAGUUUAGUCUUGACCAUGCGUUAUUCUCGGACACUGAAAGAAGAAGGACCUCGUUACUUAUCCUCUACUGCAGUAGUUAUUGCUGAACUUCUGAAGAUUUUGGCCUGCGUUCUAUUGGUCUACAAAGACAGCAAGUGCAAUUUACGGACUCUGAACAGAGUGCUACAUGAUGAAAUCCUUAAUAAGCCCAUGGAAACUCUUAAACUUGCUAUUCCUUCAGGAAUAUAUACUCUUCAAAAUAACUUGCUGUAUGUAGCAUUGUCAAACCUAGAUGCAGCCACAUACCAGGUUACAUAUCAACUGAAAAUUCUUACAACAGCGUUGUUUUCUGUGUCCAUGUUGAGCAAGAAACUGGGUGUGUACCAGUGGCUUUCAUUAGUAAUAUUGAUGACAGGAGUGGCAUUUGUGCAGUGGCCUUCAGACUCUCAAGCAACAGCUGCUAAGGAACAUUCAGCAGGAUCUCAGUUUGUAGGCCUGGUCGCAGUUCUGAUAGCGUGCUUUUCUAGUGGAUUUGCUGGGGUUUAUUUUGAGAAAAUUUUAAAGGAAACUAAGCAGUCUGUGUGGAUCAGAAACAUUCAGCUUGGAUUUUUUGGUAGCAUAUUUGGACUGAUGGGUGUAUACAUUUAUGAUGGAGAACAACUGUCAAAGAAUGGAUUUUUUCAAGGAUACAAUAAACUUACUUGGGUAGUUGUUGUUCUGCAGGCACUUGGAGGGCUGGUAAUUGCUGCUGUUAUAAAAUAUGCGGACAACAUUUUAAAGGGAUUCGCAACUUCUCUCUCUAUUAUACUGUCAACAUUGAUCUCCUAUUUCUGGCUGCAAGAUUUUGUCCCUACAAGCGUCUUUUUCUUCGGAGCCGUCCUUGUAAUAGCAGCUACUUUCCUAUACGGUUAUGAUCCCAAACCUGCAGGAAAUCCCAUUAAGGCAUAGCAGACUUCCUCAUCAACCUGCUUCUCAAGAUCAUGCGUUGGGGGCCUUGCUAACAAUGGCAUGUGGAAGGUGUCAUUGUGCGCUGCAAGGAAAGGAUUACUACCCUGAACCUAUUGAAGAAAUGCUUAUGAGUAGUUUUGACCAGCCAGAGGGGUUAAAGGUGGAUGAUGAUACUGUCUGUAACUGAUUUAAAAAACAAAAAAAACAAACAAAAAAAAAAAGCGGGGAAUGCCCAGUGCAACUUGCUAAUAAAAACUUGAAAGGAACAAAAAGUUUCCAAGAAACUGCAAUUAGGAAUGUUUACAGCUUUGACUGGGAUUGCAUCAAAAAAAUUUACUGUAUUGACUGCUGCAGAAGUAUAUCCUAUGCACUCUUUAAAAGAGCACAUGACAACAUUGUCAGAUUGUAUGUUUUUGCAAUUUGACUAUAUUUAAUAUUGGUAAAUAUGUUUUUAACUGUCUAUUUACAUGAAGUCAGCUGAAUACACAUCGUAGUUCUGAAGUGAUGGAUCUAAUUAUGUAUUCCUUAUUAAAACUGUGAAGAUUGAAGUAUGAUUGAAAGACACUUUCACAAUAUCAAAUAUUUUUAUAUUUUGAGGGCUGUUUUAAUAACAGAAAUCUGUUAUUAAAGUAUAUUAUAAUUUUGUUGCUUAUAUAAAACUGUUGUAUGAAUGUUAACAUUCUCACCUAAGUACAGAAAGGGAGAAAUUCAGAGUGAAAGCUGGAAAUCUGUGUUGAUACUCCAACCUUCAUCAGGGUAGCCUGUAGUUUUCCAACAGAUACGCUAACUCUGUGAACACAGGCUGGAGGUUGCUGCACUAACCUGCUACUAAGAGUAGAGUUAUGAUGGAGUGCUUGCUCAGAUGUAAUGUCCAUUCUUUUUAUUUUUAUUGAUUACAGAUCAACUUUUUGGUAGAACCCUUAAAGUAGUUUUUAUGCUUUAGGUAUCCUCUGAGGUUUUUUUUAAUCACAACUUGGAAAAAAAAAAAAAAAAAAAAGGAAAAAAAAAGCCCAUAAUAAACAUUUUAAAUGCAUUAUUGUUGUCUGUAACAGCUCCAUCUGGAGCUAUUAUGGUAUAUCAUCUGUAUACUGUACUGUACUUGAUUACAGAGGUGUUUUUUAAAUAAGUGUUGUUUACUCAUGAACUCUCCAAGGCUUUUUCAGUACAUUUCUAUGUAAUGGCUUACUUAGAGAUUGUUUUUUAUUAUUUUUACUGUUUUGUUCUGGGAGUCCUUGAGCCAACAGACCAAAAUGGGUUCUCUGGAGCUAUUCAGUCUAGUAGUGGAAUCACUUUAAUAGGAAACAUAAUGAAAAAGUAAUUAAUUGUGCAAUAGGUAAAUAUAAAAGCAUGCUGUUCUUCUGACUUAAACCAAAAAAAAAACCAACUUCACAAAGAAACCUAGGUGCAAUUAGAACUUUGAUCAGUUAGACUGUUAAGAACACUUCACUUGUUGAAGUAUUUGCAUAUAGGCAGAAACACCAAAAAAAGAAAUGCCAGAACUUACAAACAAAAAAAGCUGUCUUGUUUUCAGGGGACCUAUUCACAAUAGAUAUUAAUGUAGAGUGACGACUUAUCCACGUGUUACACUUGUAAAGGUACACAUUUAUACAAAAACACAUCGGUAGUCCCUUACCUGUAGAAUGGCAAGUGGUAAAAAUGUACAGGUUUUUUUUCCCCCACAUUACGCACUUUCUCGCUUCUGUUUUGUGCUAGUGAACACGUUUUUAAGAGAGAAGCGGUUUAAAAUGUUUACCGACGUACCUCAUCCUCUUUUCUACGUUUUAGUGGUGGAUUGACAAGGAGAAUCUGUAAGAGUGCUCUGAGAUAUUUUUUUUUAAUGAUGUAAGUGGAAAAGAAAAAAUUCCACUUACAUCAGCCAAAUAAAAAUAGUGUUUUCCUUCUAUUGGCAAUGACAGGGAUAUCAACGUUUUGUUUAUUUAUUGCAUCAGAGCAAGGCAUUAAAGAAAUUUCAGAGUUAACGCAAAGGGCUUGCUAAGCAUUGUGAACUGUGAAUCUAUGCCAGCAUGCCAUAACUGCAGAAGCUGUGCUACUUGCUAGUCAAAACAAUCUCGUACUACCCUUAAAUUGGCAUUCGCUGUUAAUAUUGAAUGUUUUACCUAUAACACUUAAUGUGGCAAAAUCUUUGAAAAAUUACCUUUACUCAUUUCGCCACUGAAAUACAACGUGAGGUAAGAUGUAUGCUUGGAACGGCGGCUCGCAGCAUCGCUUAGUGUAGAACGGGGAAUGCAUGACUGAAAUGAUUGAGAUGUGUUGGUAGUAAUACCUGAAUUGGGGUUUAGCCUGCACGAUAAUGCUUCGGAUUCCGUGAAUGCCAGUAGUGGAAAUGUUCAGGUGAUGUUAUCGGUUACUUCCUUGAGGAAUUUCUCCAAAAAACAUAAGCAGCAGAUUGCACAGGAAGGGACCAAAUAGGCCAAAUAAAACUCCAGCAAUGUGGUGAGUGUUACGUGUAACCCAGUUUUAAUAUUUCAGGUGCACCUGUCAAUAUUUGUUAAUAAGGAUUAGUUUAAAGGAAAGAACAGGAAUGUGUGCUCUUUGCUUUUGAAUAGGAUGUCAUACAGCUCUGGAAAACAAUGUAUCUACUAUGCUAAGGAACAGUAACUCCUGUCCAUAGCGCAGUGACAUGCUCUUCCCUGCUUUCAGUUGACGGUUCCCUUAUGUUUUUCAGUAGCAGGAUAGAACUCUUUGUACGCUGGUUGCUGUAAAGGAAAUAGAAAUUUGCAUUUUUAGCUGUCUUUCCUUAGCCCUUGAACAGGAGAAGGAAGGAUUCUUGUCUGAAGCUCUUCAGGCUGAAAAGCAUUAUUCUAGACAGAGGGAAGACGGCAUGCCUUUCUUAAGAACAGAAGGGAUUUGAGGAGGGUUUACUGAUUUCUGAAACCUUUGCAAUCUGAGAGCAUAUGCACGUUUUCACACUGAGAUACUGUUGUAUCUGGAUUUUAAAAAUUAAAAAAAAAAAAAAACAAAAACCCAA